AAAAAAAAAAGAAAAACUAGAAAAAAAGAAAAAAGAAAAAAGAAAAAGAAAAACCAGCCCACCUCUCCCUUUUAUCAUCUUGACUUUCCUCCUCUCUGCCUUUCUGGUUCGUUUCCCCAAUCCAACUCCACCAACAAUAUGCUAGAUCCAGCUAAUGAUUUGCUCCGGCCACCCUCAUCUCCCACAAUCUCCUCCGUUUCCUCCUCCGAUCUCGACACAGAGUCUACAGGUUCCUUUUUUCGUGAUAGAAGCACAACACUGGGUACUUUAAUGGGUGUGAGUUUCCCAGCAAUUACUUUCGGAACACCCUCCCAGAACCGCGGCGGGAACGCCACUACCACUGUGUCGGUGGGGAGGACGAAGCCCAAGAAGCGGGGACUGGCGGCCGUCGCUUUCGGAGGUGAGCGGCGGCUGCACAGGAGGUGGAAGUGGUGGCGGCUGUGCAGGGACGGCGAUGCGAAGCCAGCUUCGUUGGGGGAGUUCCUGGAGGUGGAGAGACGGUUCGGGGACGUGGCGUUCUACGACGAUGCGGCGGAGCUUGAGGGCGUGAUGGGAAGUCAUCAUCAUCAACAUCAACAUCAGCAGCAGCUGCAGGAGCAGCACAGCAACGGACGGGUACUGUUUGCUGACGGGAGAGUGCUGCCGCCCGCCGUCGAUGAUGAAGAGACAUCAACGGCUGGAGUGCUCUGUAGAUUCCCUGUUUUGCUGACUGGGAUCUGUAGCGGUGGCGCAGGAUAGAGUAUCUAACUUCCAUUCCAUCCUUCUCAAUUUUGAUAGUAUUUUUUUCUUUUAUUUAAUGUUUUUUUUAAUUGUCUUUUAGCUGUUUUAAACUCUCUCUUUUUAAAUUAUUUUGUGUUAUUGCCUUGUCCAAUUUGUGAUUUUUAAUUAGAAAUCCUGUUUUUGCCGUCUACAUUGUGAACUGGUAAAAUAAAAAUUUUCAAUAUCA